CCCAUCAUCCGCUCCCAGAACUGAGUCAGUGACCAUCCCCAAGCGGUGUUGAGUUCCCAGUCGGCCGAGGACGGGGUCCCAGCACAGUCCCGGACCGACCUCUCUGUGCAUCGACCACACCCAUGGGCAGAGUGAAGACCUUCGCGAUCCUCUACGACCGCCCUACCUACUCCUGCGGGGAGUGGGUCUCCGGACGGAUUGUGCUGGAGCUCACGGAUCAGACCGAGGUGAAAGUCCUUAAAAUCCACGCCAAAGGCCAGGCGUACGUCCACUGGACGGAGAGACAGUCCGGUUCCAAGUCCAGUCAAACUCGGCAUUACACUCAGGAGCUCCGAUACUUCAAACACAAGUACCUGCUGAUUGGGACCGAGAAAGACAUGAAGACUUUAUUUAACGGGGAGAGUUCACCUUUACAGCAGAGGAGGUGCUGGAUAUCCUAAAACAUGGAAAGUAAAUAAAUACAGGGCUG